AUGCCAAUUAUCAAGGGACCCUCUUCGGGGUCGGCGGACGCGCCUCAACAGCACAGCCAGCCAUCGCGCAAAGGCAAGAAGGCAUGGAGGAAGAACGUCGACGUUACCGAAGUCCAGAAGGGUCUUGAGGACCUUAACGAGGAGAUCAUCCGCGGUGGAGUUAUCAAAGAGAAGCCUUCCUCGGAACUCUUCACCAUCGACGUCGCUCGAGCCACCAAGGAGAACAAUAAGCCCAAACAUGGCAAGAAGCUGCUCAAGGCCGACGAGAUCAUUGCAAGGCGCUCUGCGGUACCGGCUGUGCCGAUGCGCAAACGAGCUGGAGACAAGACGACUGAUGGCCUGCUGCCCGCGAAGCGACAGCGCACCGACUGGGUGCCGCACAAGGAGCUCGCUCGCCUGCGAAAGGUUGCCGACGGGCAGCACGAAACCACUGUCGUGGCCAAGGACGCCACAUACGACAUCUGGGAUGCGCCUUCGGAGCCCGUGACCGAAACAGUUCUCGAUUUCCUGCCCGAGAAGCAAAAGGCCAAGCCCCCAAAGUCGAUCCAGCAGGCACCACUGUCUUUGACUGCCACGGGCAAGCAUGUCCCCGCCGUGCAAACCCCGAGUGGAGGGUACAGCUACAACCCUGCAUUCACAGACUACGAAAAUCGUCUUGCCGAGGAGAGCGCCAAGGCCCUUGAAGCUGAGAAGAAGCGGCUCGAGGCGGAGGAAGCCGAGCGGUUGAGGCAAGAAGCAGCAGCUCGGUCUGCUGCAGAGGCCGAGGCCGCCGAGGAGCGUGCCAACAUGUCGGAAUGGGAGGAAGAUUCGGAGUGGGAGGGCUUCCAGAGCGGCGUCGACGACGACAAGCCGGCUCAGAAGCAGCCCAAACGGAAGACGCAAGCGCAAAGGAACCGCAUCAAGCGAAGAAAGGAAGAGGAGCGUCUGGCCAAGCACAAAGCCGCGAUGAAGGAGCGCCGGGUGCAGGAGCAGCGUAUCAAGGCCAUCGCCGAAGAGGUCGCAGAGCGGGAGCAACAAAGGGCCCUCGCCUUGGCUGAAGACUCGGAUUCGGCGAGUGAGGUGACGGAUGACAAGCUGCGAAGAAGGCAGCUUGGCAAGUUCAAGCUUCCUGAGAAGGACUUGGAGCUGGUCCUCCCGGAUGAGCUGCAGGAAUCGCUUCGGUUGCUCAAGCCAGAGGGCAACCUGCUCAAGGACAGGUACAGGAGCAUGCUUGUGAGAGGCAAGGUGGAGAGCCGCAGGCACAUUCCUUUCAAGAAGCAGGCCAGGAAGAAGCUCACGGAGAAGUGGACACACAAGGAUUUUGUCUUAUAG